ACAUCCACACGUUCUUUCUUCCAGUUCAUCUCCGAGCGCGUUAGCCGCUAGUUGGACAGGUUCUGUGCACACAGCGCCACACCCUCCUGCAGAAGAAAGGAGGAGGGGAGGAAGAAGGGGGUUAUUAGUGGGAGCACACAGGGGGCGGAGCUUGAAGGGGGGGAAGGUGAAGAGUGUUUGAAGGUGUUGAGGAGAUCCAACAAGUGUCAUGCGGCUCUGAAGGCUACUAACAGAAAACCUGUUUUCAGAUGCCGGUGCGUGGAUGUGUGUGUACUCGCAGCCAUGGACGGCGUGUUGGAUGGCGCGUCGAUGCUGUGCGUCUUCAAACUGGUGUGCAGUCUCCUCUUCCUGCCCUCGCUGGCCACCUCCCGCAGCCCCAUCGGCUUCUGCGGCUGCUGCAUCCUCUUCUUCACCGACUUCAUGGUCACAGUCUUCGUGAGCUGCCUGAGCCUCUUCUCGUCAUGGCUGACGGAGCUGAGUCUUCCUCCCGACGUCAUCGCCCUGCGCUUCCUACUCUUCCUCAGUCACACCUACGGCGCCGUCCUGCUGCUGACCACGCCCCUCCUCACCGUGGAGACCCUGCUCAGACUCCUGCGGCCCGCGGCACAGCACCCGAGCGAGGCCACCCCCGGGGAGGCGGGCGAGGACGCGAAGGCCUGGCGGUCCCGGGCCACCAGCUACGCGUGCUGCCUGGCCGUGUGGGUGGCGGUGGCGCUCAGCGUGCAGUGUCGCUGGCGAUCGGAGGAGGUGAGGCAGAUGGCGUGUUUGCGGGCCAGCGGCUCCUUGCUGAGGUGUCUGCCCAACCUGCUCAGCCCAGUGCCCAGCGCCGUGCACCCCUGCUGGGGCAUGGCCUUCCUCUACCUGCUGCUACUGCUCAUCCUCCUCUCCUCCCGCCUACACGGCUGCCACACCCUCACGGAGCCUCAUCACCAUGACGAGUGCGACCACCCGCUGGCGCUGGCCUGCGAGGAGCCGCCGCUCUUGUUCAUCGUGGGGGAGUCGCAGCACCCCCGCGCGGGCGUCCCCCACCCGGGGGUGAACGUGACCAUCGCCCUGGCGGCCGUUCUCGCCGCCUUCAUGCUGCCGCUCUACCUGGGCGUCAACAUCCUGCUGCUCAGGAGCGUGGAGGCCCUGCUGGACGUGGGCGUGCGCUUGUUGCUCUUCUCCACGCCGCCCGACCCCCGGGGUCACGUCACGCUCGCAUGACGAGGGGAUUAUUAUCAUCACUAUUAUGGGAUUAAUGACUGGCUACUCACGUGGGGGAAAGCUGCUGAGUCGGCAAAUUGCGGCACGACGAGCUCGUUAUUUCUCGCCGCUCCUCGGGGGGGAAAUAAUCCUCUAAUGAGGCGUGGCCGUGAAAACUAUCAGGGAGGAGCGAAGCAAUUCAAAGACACUGAUUGGUCGGUUUAAACAGGAGGGCGGGGCCAAAGUGAUUCGACUCAUGUGUUUAAAAUGAGGCACAAAAGUUUUUUUUUCACCGGAGACUCUGAUUGGUUGGAUGACACAUGAAGGCGGGGCCAAUGUGGUUCGACACGUGACGUAACAUGAGGGGAACUGGUGGACACAAUUAGGUGUAAAAAAAACAACAACGCCAGAACAUUUAAAAUGUGAAAAAAUGUACAUAAAUAUGUGUUUUUUUGGCAGGUAUUUUUGUUUUUUUCCUGAAAUAUUUAAAGGGGAACUGCACUUUUUUUUGGAGAAUUGUGUCUAUCAUUCACAAUACAUGGUAGACAAUAACAUGUUAGAAACAAUUCAAAAGGCACUGAUUGGUCGGUUUAAACAGGAGGGCGGGGCCAAAGUGGUUCGAUUCAGGUGUUUAAAAUGAGGCACAAAAGUUCGUAUGAAAGGUUUUUUUUUUUUUUUUUGGAAGGUUUUAACACCGUAGACUCUGAUUGGUUGGAUGACACAUGAAGGCGGGGCCAAUGUGGGUCGACACGUGACGUCACAUGAGGGGAAAUGGUGGACAAAAUUAGGUGUAAAACUACAACACCAGAACAUUUAAAGUGUAAAAAAAUGUACAUAAAUAUGUAUUAAAAUAAAGUGUUUUUUGGCAGGUAUUUCGUUUUUUUCCUCUGAAAUAUUUAAAGGGGAACUGCACUUUUUUUUCGGGAAUUGUGUCUAUCAUUCACAAUACAUGGUAGACAAUAAAAUGUUUAUUAGGGAGGAGCGAAACAAUUCAAAAGGCACUGAUUGGUCGGUUUAAACAGGAGGGCGGGGCCAAAGUGGUUCGACUCAGGUGUUUAAAAUGAGGCACAAAAGUUGGUAUGAAAGGUUUUUUUUUUUUUUUUUGGAAGGUUUUAACAUGAUUGGUUGGAUGACACAUGAAGGCGGGGCCAAUGUGGUUCGACACGUGACGUAACAUGAGGGGAAAUAGUGGACACAAUUAGGUGUAAAACUACAACACCAGAACAUUUAAAGUGUAAAAAAAUGUACAUAAAUAUGUAUUAAAAUAAAGUGUUUUUUUGGCAGGUAUUUCGUUUUUUCCCCUGAAAUAUUUAAAGGGGAACUGCACUUUUUUGGGGGGAAUUGUGUCUAUCAUUCACAAUACAUGGUAGACAAUAAAAUGUUUAUUAGGGAGGAGCGAAACAAUUCAAAAGGCACUGAUUGGUCGGUUUAAACAGGAGGGCGGGGCCAAUGUGGUUCGACUCAGGUGUUUAAAAUGAGGCACAAAAGUUCGUAUGAAAGUUUUUUUUUUUUUUUUGGAAGGUUUUAACACCGGAGACUCUGAUUGGUUGGAUGACACAAGAGAGCGGGGCCAAUGUGGUUCGGCACAUGACGUAACAUGAGGGGAAAUGGUGGACAAAAUUAGGUGUAAAACUACAACGCCAGAACAUUUAAAGUGUAAAAAAAAUGUACAUAAAUAUGUAUUAAAAUAAAGUGUUUUUUUGGCAGGUAUUUCGUUUUUUUUCCUGAAAUAUUUAAAGGGGAACUGCACUUUUUGGGGGGGAAUUGUGUCUAUCAUUCACAAUACAUGUAAGACAAUAAAAUGUUUAUUAGGGAGGAGCGAAACAAUUCAAAAGGCACUGAUUGGUCGGUUUAAAUAGGAGGGCGGGGCCAAAGUGGUUCGAUUCAGGUGUUUAAA